GGCCGCUGCCGCAAGCGGUGCGGCCGUGUCGCAUGACUGCGAAUAGUGGUGCCAUGCUUCCUGCAGUCGGCACUAUGCCCGGCGCACAACUACACGUCCACUCAAUAAUAAAUAAACAAAUUAAACCGUAACUUUAAUUUCGUACCGCGUAAACCAAAUACUAUCUCGCAUAAUAUUUCGACGUGAGCAUAAUAAAUUAAAAAAUGUGCAAGCACGUGGUGUUAGUUCCUGUGAAGACUGUUGACGCAGCGCUGCAGAAGCAGACUUGCAAGCCGGCACUAUUCCGACGAGUUUGGUCGGCCACACGCCGGACGCUAAAUCUUGAACACUCGCCACACACGCAAUUCGCAUGUUGCCAGUGGCAGCAGAAUCACAGACCUGCUACCGCUUAUCUUGUCUACAGAUGGCUUUUGUUUAUCGGCGUGUUGUCGGUGGGCAUCGCGAGUUUCGUAACCCAACAACUCCCGAUCAACUACGAUGGCCCGAUGAAACUUAACUACUUCAAAUGGUUUAUCUACUUCACCAACUGGGGAUAUUUAUUCAUCGCCCUGCAAUCUGGACUUGCGCUUGCUGUAGUGCAUCGGUACCGAGCUGAGAAAAAUUUCAACAUUUCUGGUGAAGACGACGAGAACCCGAUCCCGAAACGAAAGCGCACGCCGCUUCUGUGCCGCGCCUACUGGUUGACGCACAUCAUUGCUACAGACCUCUCCUUUGUCAUCACGCUUAUUUACUGGAUCCUCGUCUAUGACCCCAAAAUACACGCAGUAAGUACACUAAACCUGCUAGUGCACGGCGGCAACUCGUUAAUAAUGCUGAUCGAGCUCGCAGUGACCGCGCAUCCUUUACGCGCCGCGCAUGCUCUGUACGGCGCAAGCGCAGGGCUGGCUUACGGUAUCUUCAGCGCCUUCUAUUGGGCUGUGGGAGGUACUGAUCGUAUCGGGAGCACAGCCAUUUACCCGGCGUUAGAUUGGAACAAACCUGGGACGGCGUUCGGCUUUGUCGGCCUCUGUGCUGUGGUCCUGGUGUCAGCGCAUGCGAUCGCAGCGUGCCUUUGUGCACUGCGUAUAAAGAUGGCGUCGCGCCUACGCCCCGCGCGCUCGCAUUCUGAUCGGCUCACGUUACCUACGCACUAAGGGUCCCGAAAAAAUGGUUAAGCUAGAAUUAACCUACAAAGAUUUUUAUAAGUCUCUACUAAAUAUCGUAUUACAACGUCUCAUGACAUUCUUAUGUCGACGGCGCGGCGCAGCGACUCAAUACAAUAUAGUGCGGCAUCUGGUGGUAUUUAGAACAUUAUUGAAAGAAUGAGGUGAUGGGAUAACUGAAACUGAUAUUUUGCACAUAUUGCUUUUCAGACGAUCUCUUAUUUUCACUGCCAUAGCUAUUUUCAAACUUUCGAUUUGAAAGUUAACAAAAAAUAUAUAUUUCUAACAAACAUUUACUUGACUGAAAUAAUAAAAUGAAAGCAAUAUUGAGCAAUUGUAACAGGCGUAGAAGCAUUGCAAAAUUUACUUGUUUGUGAGGUCCCAAAAUCGUUUUAUGUGAUAUUCUAUGAAAAACGUAGUAAUCUUAAGGUGCCUUUAACGUACUCUAUAAGCAUCUAUAACAGUGGCUUAUUUUUGUUUUGCCAUUGUACCACUAAUUAGGUAUUAAGUCAUUAAUAUUGUAGCAUAGAUAAUUGAUUGAACAUGAUGAGAAUAGGCAGUAUACAGCUAGGGUUGGAUUUAUCACUAGGCCAACAAGUCCCCGGCCUAAUGACGCACAACGUCAGGGCGCUAAAUAAAAUAUUAUUUUAUGAAAUAAAAUAUUAAAAAAGCUCUUCGGGCCUAGUGGAGCCCAAACUUUAAAUACAUUACGGCCCAGUAUACAUUUCGAUAACAAAUACCCAUAACACGUUUAUUCAAAUUAUUUUAUAUUUAGAUAGGUAAAACUUAUAAAUGACAUUGCAAUACACAACACACAAUCAGUUAUUUGACAUAAAAUGUUUGUAUUGAAUCAACUCACAUGAAUACGGUAAAAAUUAUAUCGAAGGAACUGAGUACAUGGAUUUAUUGGGAAUAAACCAAAAUUAACGUGAGUUGUUUUUCGAUAUCGUGACCAACCCCAGAAAUGUACAUGGUUUAAAGAUAGAAGAGAGAGGCUUAAAGAUUCUACGAACGAAAAUAGUUGAUAACUUUGUUACGGUUGAAUAGGAGAAUUAUAAAAAUUCACUUAAACAUAAUUUGUUUCAUGUGGUUCGUAUUAUUUUGGUGCCUUUCAUGUGUUAAAUACACUUUUGACGCAUGAUCACAUGUGGCUUUAUUACCCAUUUCAUCAGACUGCUUCACAAAUAGUGACAUCAGCGAAGGGCCACAAUUUUAAAAGUAUAUACUGAUAUUCUUGAAAUAAGUGAU